AUGGACUACAACUCGAUUGUUUUUCGCGAGUUUACACCCGAUUCCCUACGUCGUAUUGAACGUUAUCGACAAGAGGAAGCUGAACGCCUUGCUUCCGAACGAUUACAACGACAAACAAUACGCGAAGACGACAGUGAACCAUACAGUUCAAUGAGAACAAAAUCCAAAUAUGAACAAUACGGUCCAAAACGAAAACCCAAUAAAGAAUUGGCAGUUGGACAAACAUUACCAAGAAUAUUGCAAACGAAAUUUCCUGCGGAACUUAUCGGUAAACCCAUUGAAGAGAUCGAUUGGUAUUAUCGAACCGAAUAUGUAUUUGUGGUGGUGAAUCGAAAUAAGACGAUAUUUCGAUUUAGUUCAACUCCGGCCUGUUUUCUAUUUUCACCAUUUAACUGUUUGCGCCGUUUGGCCAUUCGAAUAUUGACACAUUCACUUUUCAGUACAUUCGUUAUGCUUACGAUUUUAACUAAUUGCAUAUUUAUGACGUUGAAAAAUGUACCGGAAACUAACGAAUACGUCUUUACAAUAAUCUAUACAUUGGAAGCGUUGGCAAAAUGUGUAGCACGCGGAUUUAUUCUUAAAAAAUUUACAUUUCUACGUGAUCCAUGGAAUUGGUUAGAUUUUAUAGUCAUAACAUUAGCAUAUAUUACAUUUUUUGUCAACUUGGGAAAUGUUUCCGUGCUUCGAACUUUUCGGGUAUUGAGAGCAUUGAAAACAGUUGCUGUUGUUCCAGGUCUAAAAACAAUCGUUGACGCAUUGAUACAAUCUCUUAUUUGUCUACGAGAUGUUACUGUCCUAUCCAGUUUUAUUCUAUCGAUAUUUGCAUUGGUUGGCUUGCAACUUUAUAUGGGCGUUCUAAGACAAAAAUGUGUACCGACUUAUGAUUCAUUUUUAAAUAAUUCCGAUAUUUCUUCUAUCGGUCAUAAUAUGUCAUAUGAAGCGUAUUUAAAAGAAAUCGAUAAUGAAACUCAUUGGUAUCAAGAAGAUGAUAUUUUUGUUUUGUGUGGAAAUGCCAGCGGCAGUAGGCGAUGUCCGAAAGGUUAUGUUUGUUGGAAAGAUCGAGGCAUAAAUCCUGAUUUUGGAUAUACGAGUUUUGAUAGUUAUGGCUGGGCUAUGCUAUCGUGUUUCCGAUUAAUGACACAGGAUUACUGGGAAAAUCUUUAUCAAUUAGUGCUGACAGCUGCUGGUCGUUAUCAUUUUUUUUAUUUUGUUGCUGUCAUUUUCUUUGGUUCAUUCUAUUUGGUAAAUUUAAUCUUGGCCAUCGUUUCGAUGUCCUAUCAAGAACAACAACAGAAAGUCAACGCAGAAAAUGAAGCACGCGAACGGCGUAAAGUUGAAGAUGAACUCGAACAGCAAAAUGAAGAAGCACGAAAAGCAAGUGAAGUCGAUGCUGCAUCAGCCGGCCCUGUUGAAAAUUUACAAAGUGCGCUUUUCUUUGAAAAUCCAAAUCGUCAAUCAACCCAUUCGAGUCUUUCAAUUGAAUACGAUCACAAUAGAUUGAGAUAUAAUCCUGAACAUAAAGAAUCAAUGCAAACAGCGCCAUUAGUAUUUGAAAAUUACAGCGAUAUGUUUUGCAAUCAAACAACAAAUACAGAUGAACGUGGAAGUUUCGAUACGACAAUACCGUUUCUUGAUGAAAUACAACGAAAUUCCAUGAGUACUAAAAGUCAUGAGAUAUCACCGAAACAACGAGCAAGAAAUUGGUCUCGUAUAUCCGAACGGCAACAUGCAGACAAUGAAUCCACUGUCACCCUUUAUCAACCAAAAUCUCAUAUAAAAUAUACCCCUGCCAAUCAACUUUUAUCACAUCCAAUGUCUGAAACGACGAGUAUACGAUCAAAAAAACAGCAUUCUGUACUGUACAAGGUCGAUCGACAUUCUGACGACCGACACAGUUCACAUGUUGAGUGUCGUCUACUUCUGAAUGCGAAUGAGCAUGGAAGGCAGUCCCAGCAUCACCCUAAGAAACGUGUGACCAUCGUCAUUUCAGAUAUGGACUCAACGAACACAUGCGAUCGACCAAUGAUAAAAUUUCUAUGGAAUUUUUGCUGCGAAUGGAGUUGUACAUCGCAAUUAUUUCAUAAAUUUCAAGCGCUGGUAGCGGAUUUUAUAUUGGAUGCAUUUGUUGAUUUGUUUAUUACUAUAUGUAUUAUUUUAAAUACAUUAUUUAUGGCACUUGACCAACCUGGCCAAAGCGAUAAAAUGGCACGAAUACUAGCAACAGGAAAUUAUGUUUUUACUGGUAUAUUUACAGCAGAAGCUAUUUUGAAGAUCAUCGCGCAAGCGCCGGCUAAAUAUUUUAAACAUGGAUGGAAUGUAUUUGAUGCGAUUAUAGUCACACUGAGUGUGGUUGAAUUAGGUCUUGCGAAUGUCAAAGGAUUAAGUGUUUUACGAUCAUUUCGUUUGCUACGAGUUUUUAAAUUGGCUAAAUCCUGGCCAACACUGAAUCGUUUAAUGUCGAUCAUUGGUAAAACUAUAGGAGCUUUAGGGAAUUUGACAUUAGUUCUUGUCAUUAUUAUAUUUAUUUUUGCUGUUAUGGGAAUGCAGCUAUUCGGUCCGAAAUAUGCUCAAAAAUUCGGUAAAGAUAUGCCCCGAUGGAAUUUUGUCGAUUUUUUUCAUGCAUUUAUGAUCGUCUUUCGUGUAUUAUGUGGCGAAUGGAUUGAAUCAAUGUGGACAUGCCUUGAAUGUGCUGGUUGGCCAUGUGUACCAUUUUUUCUUUUUACAUUUUUCAUUGGUAAUCUUGUGGUUUUAAAUUUAUUUUUGGCUCUUUUACUUGCAUCAUUUGGUUCCAAUGUUCUUUCUGAACGUGAAAAAGAAGAUGAUGAUAAUAAAAUCGGCGAAGCCAUUGAUCGUAUUCAACGAUGCAUUCGUUUUAUUUUAAAUUCUAUAUUUCGUUUACUUUGUCGAAGAGAACGAAAAGAAUUAAAAAUUGUUGAAAGUUUGACCUGUGAAACAAUUUAUUUCAAUCAAUCAUUGGCUGGGACUGACGAUCUACUUCACAAUCCUUCUUCGUCAACAUUACUCGAUAUUGAUAAUGCGAAAGAUAAAAAAAAUGGUCAAUUAAUUCUAAAAGACGAAGGAGCCGAAACCGUCGAAGAUAUUGAGAUGCAACUUUUAAAUACUACUACUAAUGAUCCUUCUACGCUGUUAAAUCCAACAGCGCUUACAAACGAUGAAGAACUUCACAUGCCACCUGAUUGUUGUCCAAAAUUAAUAUCGAAGCAUUUUGCUUCUUGCAAAGAUAUGGUUCCGAAAAUAAUUGAAAGGCAUUGGACGUUCCUUCGUAGCAAAGCUCAUCGUCUUGUUGAACAUCGUUUUUUUGAAUGGCUUAUUAUUGCAAGUAUUUUAGCAAGUAGUACUACUUUAGCAUUGGAAGAUAUAAAUACGCGACAACAACCUUUUUUAUUUUCUAUUUUGCAUUCGUUUGAUAAACUUUUUACGAUUAUAUUUACCGCUGAAUUAGUUUUAAAAUGGUUUGCAUAUGGAAUAAAAAAUUAUUUUACAAAUGGUUGGAAUUGGCUGGAUUUUCUUAUUGUUGUUGUUAGUGUUCUUGGAAGUUUACUUGAUUCGCUUGGUGUCGCAGAUAUUCCGGCAUUUAAAUCGAUGAGAACAUUAAGAGCCUUAAGACCAUUGAAAGCACUUUCGAGAUUCGAAGGAAUUCGAGUCGUUGUCAAUGCAUUGAUCGGUGCCAUUCCGUCCAUUUUUAAUGUUUUACUUGUUUGUCUUGUCUUUUGGCUGAUUUUUUCAAUCAUGGGCGUACAAUUGUUCGGUGGAAAAUUUUACAAAUGCGUUUACGUUGAUACACACGAUCGAGUUAAUCUAACGGAAAAUGUAACCAAUAAGAUUGAUUGUUUGCAUAAAAAUUUUACAUGGGAAAAUUCAAGAGUAAAUUUCGAUAAUGUUCUUAAUGGUUAUUUAGCUUUAUUUCAAAUUGCAACUUUCAAAGGAUGGAUUGAAAUAAUGGCCGAUGCAGCUGAUUCUAAAGAAGUUGACGCCCAACCGGAUCAUGAAUCGAAUGUUUAUAUUCUUGUUUACUUUGUUUUAUUCAUUAUAUUUGGCUCAUUUUUUACAUUAAAUCUCUUUAUCGGUGUUGUUAUCGAUAAUUUUAAUCAACAAAAACGAAAAUUAGGAAGUGGUGGUUCAAUUGAAAUGUUCAUGACUGAUGACCAAAAAAAAUAUUAUAAUGCUAUGAAAAAAAUGGGUAAUAAAAAACCGACCAAAGCAUUGCCAAGACCAAGAUUUCCUAUUGCAAGAUUCUUUUUUGAUUUAACAACCAAUCAAAAAUUCGAUAUAUUUAUCAUGAUAUGUAUUUUUCUUAAUAUGCUUUGCAUGUGUCUUGAACAUCACAACCAAAGCGUAACUUAUGAUAACGUUCUUGGCUAUAUAAAUAAUUUUUUCGUUGCUAUAUUUACUGUUGAAUGUGGAAUGAAAUUACUUGCAUUGCAUUAUAAAUAUUUUACUAUUCCAUGGAAUGUAUUCGAUUUUAUAAUUGUCAUCGCAUCGAUUCUCGGACAAGCACUAGGUGAACUUAUGGCAAAUUAUUUUGUUAACCCAACACUAUUACGUGUUGUGCGUGUGGCACGCGUUGGUCGAGUUCUACGUCUUGUUAAAGGAGCAAAAGGUAUUCGCACAUUGCUUUUCGCGUUAGCCGUUUCAAUGCCAGCUCUAUUUAAUAUUGGUCUACUUCUCUUUCUUGUCAUGUUCAUCUAUUCGAUCUUUGGUAUGUCAUUUUUUGCUUAUGUGCGAAAAGCUGCAGGCGUAACUGAAAUCUUCAAUUUUGAAACAUUUCCAAAUUCAUUGAUUAUUCUGUUUCAAAUGUGUACUACGGCUGGUUGGUCAGGUGUUUUACAAGCCUUAACCAAUGAUCAACCGCCAGAUUGUGAUCCAACUUUAAAUACGCCAUCGCAUAGAGGUGAUUGUGGUAGUAUGGCUAUUGCAAUACCAUUUCUUGUUAGUUAUCUAAUUAUAAGUUCUCUUGUUGUGGUUAAUAUGUAUAUUGCGGUCAUUUUAGAAAAUUUUUCUCAAGCUCAAGAAGAUGUACAACAAGGUUUAACUGAUGAUGAUUAUGAUAUGUAUUAUGAAAAAUGGCAAUACUUGGAUCCAGCAGGCUCUCAAUUUAUACGCUACGAACAGUUAUCUGACUUUGUCGAUGAAUUAGAACCUCCAUUGCGCAUACCAAAACCAAAUCAGCUAUUACUGGUUGCUAUGGAUUUACCUAUAUGUGAAGGUGAUCGUAUGCAUUGUGUUGAUAUACUUGAUGGGCUUACAAAACAUUUUCUUGGUACACUCGAUGUAUCAGCAUUAGGCACGGGCACAAAUAUUGCUAUGGAUAUGAGAAAAGAUCGCCCAAAAGAUUAUCGACCGAUAGCAACAACAUUGCAGCGUCAACGAGAUACCUAUUUAACUCGCAUUGGUUUGCGCGGUUUUCGUACUAAUGUUGAACGAAAUCGAUUUCAACGACAAAGUCGUGGACCAGUACUUGAACGAGCUACCAUUGAUGAACUUAUUGAAUUAGAUGAUUUAGGAACGCCAACCUCAACGAUGUCAUAUCGAAGUAAAAUUAUUAAUCCAGAUUCAAUGCCAAUAGAACAACAACAACAACAACAACAACGAGAAAGAACUCCGUCGGAUACAUCUUCAAGUUUUUCUUUUGAAAGAAGAUCAUUAUCUUGA